GGGGCGGCGCCUGGCGGCUACGGUGCAAAUCGUGACCCUUUAAAAACCUGGGCCCACGGUUCCCGGGAUCGGAUCGCAGGCGCUGCGCAGUUGGCGAUACACCUUCCAUCUGCUGCUGCCGACACCGCUUCUACCGCGGCUUUCCAGCGUGCACUUAGCAGCUCUGCGGUCACCCUCGCCUACCUCGCCAGAAGCCAUGGAAUCUUUGAAGCUUGCACUCAUCACUCUCCUGGUACUCUGCCUGUCACAAAGACCAAAUGCAGCAGCAGCGACAAACGUAACUGCGCCGUCCGCCGCUGCAGCAAAUGCGUCUGCGGUUCCAGCGGGGAAGGCCGCCGUUGACGCCGCAGCGUGCAGCCCGAAAGGGCUGGUACCAGCUGCUGGAGCCGCCGCUAGUGCAGUAAAUGGUACGGCAUCAGUGGCGCCAAAGGCUGCUGCGGUGAAUGUCACGGCGCCUCCCAAGGCUUGAGCAAGGUAUGGAGGCACACAUAGACGACAAUUGCACCAGAGCUGUCAAGCAUUUUGGAAAUUUUACAUUUUCAGGCUCCAUUGGGAUAAGCCGUCAUAUGCUUUCAAGUCAAUAAAUAAAGGUCGAUAGGAAAAUGA